AUGGCUCAUAUUAAUAUUUAUUUUCUUCGUAUAAAACGAUAUCUUCUUCGAUAUAGUCUUUAUUGUAGUCGACGACCAAAAUUAAAUCGUAUUAUAAAAAUUUUUUCUAUUAUUAUGGUUGGUUUUCUUUUUAUGACACUUAUUAAUGGUGUUCUUUUUUCAAGUGUUCUAUUUUUACAAGAAAAUACUAAUGAACCUGAUUAUGAUCUUGAUACACGACCAUAUUAUAAAACAAUUGAAAUGAAAAAACGUUUUGAUGAUUCAGGAAAUUAUUUAAUUAUACAAAAUUUUGUGCAAUAUCAAACAAAUUUAACUAAAAAUUUUGACUUUAUAUCUCUAAAUUUACAUACUAAUAUUGAACAACUUCAUUUAUUAUUGCAACAUGCAAAAGUUUGGGAUGGACCAAUUUCAUUAAGUUUAUAUGUUAAAGGUAAUCGAGGUAGUGAUGAUAUUGAUUAUGCAUCAAUAUGGCUUCGAUGUAAUCGACGAUCAUUUAAAGUACUCAAUGUUCAUCUUGUUAUCUCAGCAAAAGCUUAUAAAAGCUCAAUAUCAAGUCAGCAUAAUUCUCAUAGUGUUAAAUAUGCUGUCAAUUGUCAACAUAUGAAUUAUGUUAAUCAUACUGAUGAAACAGAUUCUACUCCAUAUCCAUCCAAUCUUCUACGUAAUGUUGCUCGUCUUGGCAAUACAUUUCCAUCUGUAAAAUAUAUUCUUACACUUGAUAUUGAUAUAUUUCCAUCACCUGAUCUAUUUCAUCAUCUUAUAUCAUUUUAUACUAAAAAAUCCAAUAAAAAUGAAAUAUUUAAUCGUACAUUAUAUGUUAUUCCAGCAUUUGAAAUUCAUUCUGAUACACUAAAACGUUCGAUUGCAUUACCACAAAAUAAACGUGAAUUAAUAUUAUUAUGGAAUGAAGAACAAAUUCAACCAUAUCAAAAAGAUAUUUGUUCAACAUGUCAAUUUUUAACAAAUUAUCAAGCAUGGAAACAAGAAACAAAAAAUGAUGAAAUUCUACCAAUAUUUCGACCACAUUAUUCACAACCAUGGAAACCUUUUUAUGUUGGACCUAUAGAUGUACCUAUAUUUGAUUCACGUUUUAAAGCACAUGCACAUGCAAGAAUAAGUCAAUGUUGUGAAAGUUUUUUGGCUGGUUAUGAUUAUGCUGUAUUGAAUAAUGUUUAUCUUUAUCGAUUAGGUUUUAUUGAUAAAUCUCAAUUACCAAAUACGAAAUUAAUUGAAGAUGAUACAUCAUUAUUACUUUUUCAACAAUUUCGAGAAGAUCUAUUAGAACGUUAUUCAAAUACAACAAGAAGAUGUUGA